UGCUAUCAUCGACAGAGAGAGCGAGCUUGUGACUUGUUGCUGCCAUCGUCCGUCCUCAUCGCCACACAGCAGCGCGGCAUCAUCGACAGGGCGGACGGAUGUCAGAUCCUGCGACGGGGUUCGUUCGCAUUCUGUACUCCAUGACUGAAGUGGGAGACCCUCUCUGGCAAGGAGAUGAGAUGGAUCCCCAUGGUCGGGGGGAGGGCGCAUCAUCGAGGGGAGGGGCGGAGGAGCGGGGCGCCAUCGUCGGAGACAGGACGGCAAGGCGACUUGUGCUGUUAGCAUGGAUUGGGAGAAAUGGAAGAGGGAACGGGAAGGRGACUGGGAUGAGUGAGGAGAUGGGGUUGAUGACAGAGGUGUGGGAGCGGAUGGUGACCGUGUCCGAGACCAGAGCUGCGCUAGGUGAUUACAGAUACAACUACAAUGAUUGGAGGAGGCUAGUUGAUGACCGAGCUGAAACAGCUGCUCAACUUACUGCACUACUGUCAGGCUACAGGGGGGCAUGCAAACUGGCAGCGCUGAGGCCUCUACCUCAGCUGGUGAAGAACAUAGGAGAAUCCAUAGAGAAGUUCAAGACUAUUGAUAAGAUUUCGCUGCAAGAUGAGCGGCUGGAGGGGAAAGGAUCUCUAGCAUUAAUUAAUUCACUUGCGGGAUACACUCGGCUGAAGAAUUUGUCGUUUCUGAGGUGCAAUGUAGGAAAUGAGGGACUUAGCGCAGCCGCUGACCUGGUUGCAGCAGGCGCAGUAGAGAAAUGGCCACAAGCGCCAAAGCUUCGUCUACUUGAGAUCUGUGAUGACAGCAACACGUUGAGGAAACGAGUGACUACGGCGAAUAAUGCUGUAGCAGCCAACGGCGAUGGCGUAGGCGGCGCGGGGGAGAACCGUCCGCUGACGACCGCUGGAAGCAAUGCUGGGAGUGUGCUGGUGCCAAAGGAUCCAAACCUUCCACCUCCAACGGCAUCCAACAGUGCACAAGCCUCCGUGGCAGACCACCGCCGGGACAACGACGGCCAGAUGUCGGUCAGCAGCCUGGCAGGGGGCGGUAAACGAGGGUUCGGAGCCCACCCUGCAAUCGACGGAAUGUUGCUGCAGGACUCGAGGAAAGGAUCGGCAGCCCAGGGAGGAGUCGAUCAGUUCGGCCGACCAAAGUCGCGGGAGGGGAUGGGUACACAGCAGGACAUGUCAAUGCCUUGGCAAUCGGGAUCUCAAACUCCCAACCCGAAUAUGCAAGGUCUAGACCAGCGGCCAAGUAUUCCUCAGAGGCGGGUGAACCUGGAUGGAACAGAGGGCCUGGCGUCAGUUGUGGUCCACGGAAUUGCAGGGGGGAUGCUGGAAGCAAUCAGGAAGCUGAGAAGAGCUAGCCUGGGGGAGGCAUUUGAAGACCCUUCAGAGGACUGGAAAGGUGGAUUCAUUCCACCAAGUUUUGCAGAAUCAGGUCUGGGCAGGCUUGCCGCUGCGUUAUGCUUACCUGCAUGCACCUUGAAAGUGCUAGCCUUGGAUCACAAUGCAAUAGGCGACGAAGGGCUGAGGAUUCUUCUUACAGGGUUUUCAAGAAACAACAGUUUGGAGCAGCUCAGUCUGUCAUACAACCAAUUCACAGCCGUUGGUGCGCAAUUAAUUGCCGAAGCACUUGACCCGACCGUCUGCGUCAAAUUGGUGAACCUGAAUGUCCAAGGCAACCCUUUUGGUGGUUCGGGGAUCUCACUGUUCGCAAAAUGGCUGAGCACAAAUGUGGCACUGAAGGUGAUCAACCUCGCCUCCUGCAAGCUGGAGAAUCAUGAUGUAGAUGACAUACAGAACUUGUGCGAUGGGCUGAGGGCAAAUAACUGCCUUGAAAAGCUGGAUCUGAGUUACAAUGAGGUUUCCUUAGCAAGUGCUGAGAUGCUCUUGGCAGUUCUGGAGGAGAAGGUACGCUACCGAGUACCUACCUACCCUUUGUCUUCUUUCUUGCGAUUGUAUUACUCAAUUCUUUCGAACGAGAUCCCGGUUCUUUGUCAUUUCCUGUAAGGAGAGAAAUGGCACAUAGAGUUGAUUUGAUUUCGCG